AAAAGGACAUUAAAUGGCAUAUGAAUAAGGGGGAGAGAAUAGAAUAGAACCCGAAUGAUAACCACGUGUUCUAUUAUAACAGAUAUUUGGAAUUUUAAUUGCACAAAACCAGUUUAAUGAUAAAAGCUGCUUUGUUAUGAUAUUAAAGAAAAAUAAAAUGGGAGCUCUUGUAUCUUAUGUAUUAUCUUUAUAUUAUGGGAAAAAUGUACAGUUACAGUUUCCCCAUGCUUUUGGUUUAAAGUAUCCUCCUGUUUUGCAUCAAACAAUUACAGAAGAAAGCAUAAAAAAAUUUAAUGAAGUUUUUGUUAUUGGUGAUGUGCAUGGUUGUUAUGAUGAGAUGAUGGAACUGCUUCAAAAUGCAAAUGCACUACAUGACAGUACAUUAAAAAUUUUUGUUGGCGAUAUAGUAAAUAAAGGUCCAAAGAAUCUUGAAGUGUUAACAACUCUUCGAACUAUGACUUCUUCACUAAUUGUUCGUGGAAAUCAUGAUGAGGUAGUAUUACGAGAAUAUAACAAAUUAAAUGAUCCGUCCUACAUAAUUCCACCACAUAAUUUGUGGAUAAAAGAUAUCCCAAAAAUAGACAUUGACUUCUUAAAUAAUUUACCUUAUACUUUAUCUAUACCAAGUUUGAAUGUUAUCAUUGUUCAUGCUGGAUUAGUUCCUAAUCUUCCUCUUCAUUGUCAUCAUCCUAAAGACCUUGUUACUAUGAGAAAUCUUAAACUUGGUGAUUAUUAUGGCAGUAAAUUAAAACCAACGUCAAAAAAUACAGGUGAGCCAUGGGCAUCAUUAUGGACUGGACCAGAACAUGUAUACUUUGGACAUGAUGCUAAAAGAAAGUUGCAACAAUUUCCACAUGCUACAGGAAUAGACACAGGUUGUGUAUAUGGCAAUCAUUUAACAGGUAUAUUUAUUAGUGGUGCAAGAUGUGGAACAUUAUUAUCUGUUAAAGCUAAAAAAGUUUAUGAAGCGCCUUCUGGAAAAUGAUGUCGGAUUUAAAAAAUAUUUGUGAUUACUUACUAAUUAUUAUUUCUUCACUUUAUA